AUGCCCGAAUUUCAUCUCCCGAAAUGUAGCUCUAGAAACUCAGGCCAAAGACUAAUCCCUAAGUGGAAGCUCGCCAUCUCGAUUUUCUUCGGGGCUCUUGGAAUAGCUCUUCUUGUUCUUGCUGUUAUGUACUUUGGUUGGUUGAAGAUGAAGAAAAGAACAGAACCGGCUUCAAGUUCCAAAGAUGAUUCAUCAUUGAAUCUAUCUUAUGGAAUUCUCCUUAAGGCAACCAACGGGUUUUCUUCAAGUAACUUGAUCGGGGUCGGCGGUUUAGGAUCUGUUUACAAGGGAUUCCUUGAUGAGAAUGGAACUACCAUUGCUGCCAAGGUACUUAAUUUGACGCUUCAUGGUGCUGUGAAGAGCUUCAUAACCGAGUGCAAGGCUUUAAGGAACAUCCGACACCGUAAUCUUUUGAAAGUCCUAACAGUAUGCUCGGGCACUGAUUACAGGGGCAAUGAGUUUAAGGCCUUGAUUUAUGAGUUCAUGGUCAAUGGUAGCCUAGAAGAUUGGCUACAUCCAAGUCCAUCAUCAGCUAAUGUAGAUGGGAAUGCGCAUAAAUUGAGUCUCAUCCAGAGGAUAAAUAUUUCCAUCGAUGUUGCUUCAGCAUUAGAUUAUCUCCAUGACCACCUUCAAAGCCCUGUUAUCCAUUGUGAUCUGAAGCCGAGUAACGUCCUGCUAGAUGCUGAAAUGGUUGGACAUGUCGGAGACUUUGGUUUGGCGAAGAUCGUGAUUGAUUCCACCGAUGACACUAAAGCGAAAAUGAGCUCUGCUGGUGUUAGAGGAACUGUCGGCUAUGCUGCUCCAGAAUACGGAAUGGAAAGCGAGGUUUCAAGAGAAGGCGAUGUUUAUAGUUAUGGCAUUCUUUUGCUUGAGAUGUUCACGGGCGUGAGUCCAACAAACGAAAGGUUUCGAGAAAAUUUUAACCUUCAUAAGUUCGUUAAGGAAGCCUUGCCUGAACAACCCCUAGAGAUUACCGAUCCUUUUCUACUUCAAGAAAUGGAGAGCCGUAUGGGCACCGCCUGAGGCGAUGCAGCUCGCGAUUGUCUGGAGAUGGUCUAUAGAAUCGGGGUCGCCUGCUCUGUCGAAGCACGCAGAGAGCGGACGAACAUCGCGGAAGUCGCAGCUCAGCUGCAUUUUAUCAGGAAUAAACUUCAUGCAGCUGGUUUAC